UCGGCCAAUCGUGAACCACCAUGACGUUCAACAAUUCCCCACCAAAGAAUGGCGAGAAUACACGAACAACGCAAGCGAUGAUUUUACUAAGCCGUCAAACCGAUUCGUACGGGUAUCUCAGUUCCUUGGCAUAUCGAAUCAACAUUACCGUACCGCUCAGUUUGCCCUUGAAUGUCUGUCCACCGACAUCAAAAUCAGCCGACCCUUUGGUCAUUGGUUCCAACUCGCUUACGGCAUGCAGUUUUACGUACCAGCGCGAAACAUCAUCCUGCUUAAUACAACCCCACCCAAGGGGAGCGAGAUCCAACGAGCCGCCUUUCGCCGAUGUUUUUAUGUCUUUAUUGCCCUCCUCACGGAGCUUUACCCCAACUCGAGCCCUUGCGUCCGCUGGUACUUCGCUGAUACUUCUGCAGCGCGCAUACGAUCGCGUACAUACAUGCAAAAAAUGGAAGAAAACGCAUAAAACAUCACACGCCUUAAAACUGCAUCCGAGCCUUGGUGAGGACAAUGAUCGAGAUGGUUGCGCUAAGCUUAUUCACUACAGUUUCAUUCGUCAUCACACUGGAAUGAAUCGAGCCGUCGGUCGACUGGUAGUCUCGAUGAGCUAACCCAGCGGUCUGAGCGGACAGUGGUACAUAGUACCGGAUAUACAUUUCCCAGUUCACCUCAAUCUAGCCUCUCCGAGCCAGCAGUAUAGUAAAUAUCAGUCAGUCGUCUACUUUCAAGCAGUUCAGCUCGCGUAAACGAACACUUUGCCCAGUUCUACUCAUCUAGCCUCUCCGUGUCAGCUCGUGUUAACUAACGCUUCCAAUGGUCAAUCUAUCCCAAGCAGCGAUUGAGCGGAUUUACGCUGAACCAUUCAGCAACACUGCUCUCCAGCAUGUCGAGUUGCUGUGCACCCUCGUGGAAGGAUGUCGCGAUGCGUUGGCCACGUGGAAAAGCUUGCCUGAGCGAAACAUGAUCGAAACAAUCGAGAUAGCGCAACGUUGCUGUGCCGAAUACCGCAUUGUGCAUUCCAUCGUAUGCCGGGACGAGUUGGAGAUCAUCCGUGUGUAUGCCCGGUUGAUCGCACUGCGUUCGGAAUGGAUAAAACUGCUGACCAUUGUAAAGUUUCUAAUGACCGACUAGCCGUGUUUGCAAUUUUUAUUUUGUAAUUAUUGGCCAAAUGUUUAGUUUGUUAAGCGCACUCCACAUAUAUGUUUCUCCGCACCAUUUCAACGUACAAACUGCAAAGGAACCAUUCUCUGUACGAUGAACGUUUUGAGCA